AUGAAUGAUGGAAAAAACUUUGGGCUACGGAACACAAUAGAGAGAAAAUGCCAUGUUUUGCUCCAACAGAGGAACUCCAAGGCCACCCUUCUCUGUAUUCACGCCAUAAUUCUUCGAAACGCCGUCGAGAAUAAGGUGAGGCUCCUCACCAAGCUCAUUUCCAGCUUCUCCGUCAGCGACCCAGCUGCUGGAAUCAGCCAUGCACGCCAUAUGUUUGAUAAAAGUCUCCAAAAGGAUGACACUUUCCUCUGUAACACAAUGAUAAAAUCUCAUAUGGGUGUUGGUCAAUUCGCCGAAUCAACACUUCUGUAUAGAGAUUUACUAAGAAAGACUAGUUUUGAACCCGAUAAUUACACGUUUUCGAGCCUUUCCAAGUGUUGUGGUGCAAGAUUAGUGUUGUGGGAAGGCUUGGAAAUCCAUAAUCAUGUGUUGAAAUGUGGGUUUGGUUCGAAUUUGUUUGUGGCGACUUCGUUGGUUGAUAUGUAUGGGAAGUUUGGUGAAAUGGCUUUUGCUAGGAAGUUGUUUGAUGAAAUGCCCCAGAGAAGUCCAGUCUCGUGGACAGCUUUAAUUGGGGGUUAUUUGAAGUGUGGAUCUACGGGUAUUGCUGAAGGACUUUUCAAUGCAAUGCCUGAGAAAGAUGUAGCUGCAUUUAAUGUGAUGAUUGAUGCUUACGUGAAGAAAGGAGAUAUGCUGUCAGCAAAUAGAUUGUUUGAGGCAAUGCCGGAGAGAAAUGUGAUUUCUUGGACUAGUAUGAUUGAUGGGUACUGCAGUAAUGGUAACGUAAGCGAAGCGAGGGUGUUAUUUGAUGCAAUGCCAGUAAGGAAUUUGUUCUCUUGGAACGCAAUGAUUGGUGGAUACUGUCAAAACAAACAGCCGCAAGAGGCUUUGAAGUUGUUUCAUGAGUUGCAGAUGGAGGCGACAUUGCAGCCAGAUGGUGUCACUGUUGUUAGCGUGCUUCCAGCUAUUGCUGAUUUGGGUGCUUUAGAUUUGGGUAACUGGGUGAACCAGUAUGUGAAGAGGAAGAAAUUAGAUAGAUCUUCAAAUGUUUGCACUGCUUUGGUUGAUAUGUAUGCCAAGUGUGGGGAAAUUGCAAAAGCCAGGGAAUUUUUUGAUGAGAUAAAAGUAAAAGAGUCAUCAAGUUGGAAUGCUUUAAUUAAUGGGUUGGCGGUCAAUGGAUCUGCUAAAGAAGCGUUGGAGGUGUUUGAGGAGAUGAAGAAUAAAGGAUAUGAGCCGAAUGAGAUUACUAUGCUUGGUGUUUUGUCAGCUUGCAACCAUGGUGGAUUGGUGGAAGAAGGCAAGAAAUGGUUUGUAGAGAUGGAGAACUAUGGGCUCACUCCGCAAAUUGAGCACUACGGCUGUCUGGUUGAUCUCUUGGGGAGAUCAGGGUGUUUGGAGGAAGCUGAAAACUUGAUCGGGACCAUGCCAUAUGAGGUCAAUGGAAUAAUAUUGAGUUCCUUUCUAUUUGCCUGUGGUUAUGCCAAAGAUGUUCCAAGGGCUGAAAAGUUCAAGAAAAAGGCAAUUGAGAUGGAACCGUGGAAUGAUGGGAUCUACAUUAUGUUAAGGAACAUGUAUGCCACUGAUAAGAGGUGGAGUGAUGUUGAAGACAUUAAGGGGCGGAUGAGGAGAGAAGGGGCAAAAAAGGAGGCAGGUUGCAGUACCAUUGAAGUUAAUGGUAUGGUUUGUGAAUUUGUAGCUGGGGAUAAAAUACAUGCACAGUGUGAGGAAAUACAUCUUCUAUUGGAGCAUUUGCUGUUGUACAUGAGAGGUCUGGAUACACCUUAUAGUAAUGAUAUUGGAUUGGCUGAAUUUUGAAUGAUGACUAUCUAGCCAAUACUACGUGUUUCACGGCUUGUAUAUACUGCUGCUUUCCCUCAUAUCUCAGAUGUCAGCCUUGAGGUUAAAGAUACAUGCACGACAAUUGAAAUGGGCACAAAGACCACCAUCUAUAUACGGAGACAUGAUAAUCACCUGAACUUCCCGGGAAAGGAGUUGGUGCGGUUGUAGUGUGUAGAAUUUAUCCUUGUUAAGAGCGUAUUUAUAAGCUAAAGUUGUGAACCUCAGACUGAAGAUCAAGAGAAAAUUAGUACA